CUAUAAGUUCUCAUUGAGGAAUGGUGUGUUAGUGGGUGAUGUGGUUGGUCGGAAGGAAUUACUGCAGAACCUGUAAGGAAGCCAGAAAACUUUGAUAAAGAUCUAUUUACAAAAUGCAUGGACUCCAGUGGUGGUUAUGGUUGCUAUUCGUGGCCUGGUUGUUUGUGGCGGUAGCAGGUGAGAGCAGACGCAAGACGAAACGGGAGAACUACUCCAUCAGUGCUCCCUCGGAGGAAGAGACUAACUACGACGAUGAUUACGAGGAGCUAGAACCAUGCCAGUGCGGAGUUUUCCUGUCCCAGCAAGUGGGUAUCAAGGAGAACAAUCGCCGCAGCCGGCCACGCGGACCUCCACAAGGGGAGCCCGUCGUCACCUAUGAUACAGACUCACCCAGCAUGCCCUGCGGUGUCGGAGGCUUCAAGAACUGCGUCAGCAGGUGUCUUGAUGUGAUCCUGAAAUACCUGCCACGUGCCGGGCCUGUCAUCUGCGGGGCGGUGGAACGCGACGUUCACAGAGAAAAGGCGUUCCUCUUCAUAAAGAACUGUGGCGGGGAGUGGACGCCCACCAGCUUCUCAGCAGGCAAGGAGUUCUGUUGCACCGACGGUGAACAUCACAAGUGCUAAAGAGCCUUUAUAAUGUGACCUAGUAUGUUCAUGACGUGUGUAUAGUGGUAACAGGCGGACGAUUGAUUGGUUGCAAAAUGAUGCCAUUUAUCUAAUUGAGCAAUUGCUUAGGUUUAAAUCCUCUUAGGACACCUACAUCUUCAUUCAAACACACAUAUGUAGCUUGUUCAUAGUAAUUUUGCGUACAAAUAAGUUUCAACAACUGACUGCAUGGUUGAUAUACUGUCGCACUCCGUAUUGUUGGUUCGAUUCCCACGUUGAUGUGUUUUAUAAGCUUGUAUGUAGCUAUGCGAAUAUUUCACCGCAACAAAGAGACAAGGUAAACAUCUCUUGAUGAGUCUAUCUUGAAUUUCAUCGACAUCACUGAACAUGGGCUAAUACUAUAUGUGAAGUAUAAUGUAUGUAUUUGAAUUUUAAAAGCAACAGUUGUUAGGUAGCCUUGUAGAUAAUUGACUUUGUUUGUAUAGUUCGUGAGGCAGGAACUUGACUUUACAUCAUGUAGUAAGUUAAUAAAAGAGGUCCUGUGGAUGAGUUUAUAUAUCAUCACCGUUCGUUUAGCUCUGUUCUGUCAAUUAUAAAUGUAAGUAUCUAUGUUACAAUGUAAGAAAUGUAGUGAAUAUUACCAAUUUAUUAUCGAAAGGUCUCGAGUCUUGAUAAGUAGUUGAUGAAGUCGAUCAUCAAGUCAAUUUGUCAAAGCAUAUGAACUAUGAAGUGUGAGCAGUAGGUAUCUAGACAUCAUUUACUCAGGAUCAAAGUCGAGUUGUGUUUAUUGUUUCAUAUUGUGCAUACACAUCGAAGUAAACCAUGUAUUUAUGUAGCUAGUGUAGUGUAGUAUCGUAGUAUUGGUAGGCAUUUUAAGACGAAGUUACUUACUAGGUAACAUUUUAUAAUUUAGUUUGUAUUUAUUCUUCAAUUUAAAAUAUUUAGCAAGCAAAUCAUGUCGGAAUUGGACAUAUGUAAGUAAAUCUUAGUGUAGUUAUUUAAAUAACAUAGUAAAUGUAUUAGUUCGACAUAAAAGCCAAAUUAUCUUGAUAACUGUAAGAAAGUGCGCUCAUCACAUUAGUUAAUGUCUAAUUAAUCGUUACAGCUAAGUAAUUAAUUUCAAUAAAACCUAUCUAUUAAUUAGUUUACGACGUGGUUAUGUAAUUACAACUAAGUGCGUCUACUUUUGUUCAAUUUGUAACCUUUACCGCUGUAAUUAGAUUUAUUUAUAUUUAUUAAUAAUCAACAAUGAAACGUCAUUGAUAACAUUAUGUUAGGUAUG